GCAUCUCUCUAUAUCUUUAAAGUGGUCGGUUGUAAACAUCAAGCUUUUAAAGUUACCUAGUACUCCACCAACUAUUUCGAGACCUGCUCUCCAUUUACAUAACCUCAAAGUAGUAUUCAAGGAGUAUUCUGAUCUGCAAGCUGUCAAUGUUCUGGAUGCACCGCUUAAAAAUGGAAUAAUUGGAAUGACGGCUGCUUGGUAUCAAGGGUGGUUAGAGUGGUUUGGCUUAAAUCAAAAUCAAAAUGAUUACUAUUAUAUCAUUGAUACUCAUACAGCACUCACUGUCAGCGAUCAUUUCAUUGAUUUUGAACAGCAAGGCUUUGAGGUACACAAGGACUUUGCUGUUGUUUACGAAGCUGUGUUUGAAUUAAAUAGAAUUUUAUCGAGAACACAAGAUCUUUCUCCUGACGAAAUAAUGCAAAUCAAAAUUCAUGUCGGACUCAUCAAUGAUGCAUCCAUUAACUUGGACGUUGAAUUUUACAACGUCCAAACAGGACAUCAACAUGAUGAUGUUAAAAACAUUCUUGAUCUAGUUGUGUAUCUUCGACAAGUUGUGUGCAGUGAGGGCUAG